AUGGAGAACACACGGCCGAAGGGCCGUAUCCCUCUGCCUAGGGUUCCUGGUCUCAGGAACACAACAAGAAGAGUGGCAGCAACGUUCAACCCCAAGGCCAUUCUUGAAAGGGUUGCAAGUAGAGGUAGUCUGCGGGAUUCUGUUUCCUCUGUGCCAGUCGAAGGACCAGAAGACCCCGACGAGCCGGCAACUAUUCUCACAAGCUUAGCAUCCCAGCCCCCAAGCCCGCUUGCAGACCUCUCAUCUCUGUUGCCAGUCGAACAUACAUUUGAGGACAAUGACGGUUUCACAGCACUAUGCAAUGAUCUUCUAAUCCUCAAUGCGCAGCAGCACAAUGACCCCAACGUCCGCAGUAUCAAUAUUCCCGGCAGUAGAAUCUUCGUCAGCCCUUAUCAGCUCUAUCAUGGUUACCAUCUCUUAACUCAGCGUGGGAGGGACCUCAAUGGCGGUAUUUUAGCUGACAAUGCGGGAACUGUCAGAAGGCUGGAGCCAUUGUGUGUUAUUGCGUCCCAGGCUCGCUCACCAGAGUCCUUACACAACGAUGCACCGGUGCGUUUCAUACGCCCGCUGCAACCUUUGGUCAAAACGCUAUCCCGCGGGGUUGAGUCUGAUCUCAAGAACCCUUCACCGGCAUCGUUCAUCUUCAUCACGACUCUAAACUCUCCAAGGCUUUGGAAUGUUUUCUCACAAUAUUCACUGCACAUUGGACUAUCAGUCUUCGAUGAAAGCCAUCAAUUCAUUAGGACUAAAGACUCGCUGACGAUGAAAAUUGCCUCUGCGUACUCUGGCAGUGGUGCGGAUGUGUGGUUUGUCACCGCGACGCCCUUUUCCGGGUGCACUCUUGAGCACUGGGCUCCUGCGAUAAGCCUCAUAGCUCCGAAUCGAACAGAGGCCAUGCGGGACUUGGUGAUUGCAUUGAAGACUGCUAAAUCGUCCGCAGAGGCUGAUGACGCUCAACGCUUCGGUAAUCUUUGGGACGCUGUCUUCGACAAAAAGCUCGUCGUUCGGCAUUUUGCAACAUCGACUUUCUUUGGAAAGUCUAUUUCAGAUGUUCAAGACAUCGAGCCGAGGAUCAUUUCUAGACAAACACCAGCCCAGUACAAGGGGGCUAUUCAACAACUCGCGAACCAGAUUGCUCCAAAGGAUCCGAAACUACGAGACCCAGGGCAACGUGGUCUGCUUUACUUUGUUUCCCUCUUCCCAGCAGCGGCACAGAUGAUGAUCGACAACCCUAUCGCAUUUGACAAUCUUGCUAUUCGCGAUCUCGUCCGGGAAUCGAAGAACAGAUUGCGUAUCGAGCAGUCCGAACCCCUUCAGAGACUUGCUGAUCAAAUUAUCAAAGAAAGCCCAAAGUUAGACUAUAUCCUCGAGGAGCUCAACCGCAUGGGUCUGGACAAACGUGAGCGCGAGCCGACUGGCAAUUCCAGCACCUCCAAAUUUGGUGCCGGCGAGGACCUGCAGCUCAAGAAGAUGGUUAUCAUCACCCCCACAGCGGUUUCUGCGAUAUUCCUUUAUUUGGCUUUGGUCAGAAAGCGUAAAGACGUAGUCAUCGUGCACAACUGGAUUUCGAGCGCCGAUAAACAGCAAAUACUUACAUCGUUCCAGAGCCUGAGCGCAGCCAAGCUCGUAAAGCACAACCGCAUUCUGAUUGCGCCCUACGCCGCUGCUGGCACUGGAGUGAAUCUCCAAGUUGCCUCGUACCAGAUUCUGACCUCACCGCUUCCGGAAAAGUCAAGCCAAGUGCAGGCGUUCGCGAGGACGAACCGCGCUGGCCAGCGUCUCCGUCCCCUGUCUCACAAAAUCCUGGUUCUUGAGGAUAGCCCCGUAGAUCGAAUUAUGCUGGCGCGUCAUGCUACACGGGAAAUCGAGAGCAACCCUUUCCAAAUCAGCGAGCCUCUGCGUCUCGCUGGAGAUAUUACGAUGGGCAAUUUAGUGGAACCCGUGGGUGUGGUUGAUGAAUAUUUGUGUUCCAACCAUGAUUCCAGCCUGGGCGUGGGAGAUCUGUCAUUAUUGCCGGAAUCAACCAAAGACGAGGAAGGUAUCGAUCAGACAAACUUGCAAAGUACCAAGAAUGACACGCCCAGCCCCCCGUCAUUGCACACUGUGAGGGAAUCUAGCUCAGGCACGCCUGAUUCUCAGGCUGAGCAGCUCACGACUCCUCAGCGCCCCAGAACCCCAAGUCAGGAUGACAAUUUGAACAGGUUGAGCUCCUCUAGCUCGAGUUGGCAGCUUACUUACACCCCUCUGCGACCCGGAGUCCACAACCUUGGCCCUAGGCCCUUGCCUCCUCUACCAGGUCCGGAGCCUUCGUCUGAUGAAGACCCCUUCAUGAACACAACCCCAAUUCCUAGGCGUUACCGAAUCAAUGUCGACCAGGAUGACUUUAAGAUCUGGGUGAGCGAUUCUUCAUCCCCAUUGUCAGAGAAUGACUCCAGCAGGCGACCAACUGGGCCCCUGACCGUCAACCUGCCCGCGGACUUCUCCCCAUCAUUCGGGAACAUCGCAGCAAUUGUGGACGAUAUUCGCCGAGGUGGUGGGCCAACUCAGCGAGGCAAGGCCAUCAAUUUGAGGAACAACGAUGACGCCCCGUCCUCAGAUCUUGAAGAGAAUGAAAUGCCGCAAGAUGUUCGUUUUCCUGGGCCAAUUGAGCGGCCUCACCUUGUACGACAGUAUGGGGAUGACAUGGAUCCUAUCCUGGAAGGAGGAAACAGACCAGUCUCGGUCGUGGACCUGCCACGACCCAUUGGGACUUUCUCAUACCACACGGAGGAAGCCAAAGACCAGCUUGAGGAAGACGCACACGACGCCGGGACGCUCGCCCAUAGACGCCGGGCUACUAUCUCCGACGGCGGAUCCAGCCGCAAGCCUGGACAGGAGUUUCACCGGACUAAUACAUAG